GGCGCUUAACAGGCAUCCAAAUGUUGUCUGUCCCAGAGGGUCUGAAGGGGCUGAACCCAUCAAGAUGCCCCAAAGACCUAUCCUCAGACUCCCAGUGCUGGUACCUCCUCUCAUGAUGCAACUCCUGGUUUUGCUGACAUUUUGACCAAGAGAUGGACGACACCGAUAAUGCCGUUGUCGAGGCCGAUAUUAGAGUUUCGGACUGUGUCGUGGCCAACUACCCCACUCCAAGCAAAGACAGUCAUAGCCCACCCAAGACAGGAGCAAGCCUCAAUUCUGCACGCACUGGAGAGGAGGAAGGACUAUGGAGCCAUGAACCAGCAAUGGGCGAAGGAAGUGACCAACGUACAGGGAGCGAGGGGAAUCAAAGCUGGGAUUGCCCAGAAUCCCCAUCUUCUGAUUCGGAUGACUACAUUUCUGACUUUGAUAGUGUGCCGUCUGACGAGGAAUUAACUGGAGAACAUGACUAUCUCAGGUCCCUGUUGCGAAUCAUUGGGGAACCUCCCCCAUUUCCGUAUUACAGUGAGUUUGAGAAGGCUAUGAAUAGUCCUGGAAUAAAGAGUUCUUUCUCAUCCCUGCAUGCUGGAGGAGGAGAGACAGUCCACAAUCAGCUUGCUGCAUUGUCAUCGGACAGAGAUAAAUCUUCUUCAUUUAACAAUGUGGGAGAUGCAAGCACAUCCAGUUCAAGGAAUGCUUCCCAGUGCAGAGAGGUGACACAUUCAGGUGUUGUUGCUCCAUUCUCCAACAGGACUCUAUCACACCCAUCUUUUCACUCCUUUUAUGCUGCUGUUUCAUCUCAGCAGUCACAGAGUGUCUUUGCUGAACUUGAUGACUGCAGAUUUAAGAACAAAGAUUCCACUGAUUCCCACUCUAGGCCUGACCACACAGUGAAAUCUGAAGCCAGCAUCCUCCGUUCCCAAGAAAUUCACAUGCCGGCCAUCCAUCAAUGUGAGUUUUUCUAUACUGACCCAAUGCUGCCAUCUGGUUAUCGGGUUUACAACCGUCUUUCACUUCCCACACGCCAGGUGCUUCAAGGUUUACGGCUCAACACUCCUUCACCCAUCAUGUCUGCAAGUGUGGCUCCAAGUGUCCAGAGAGACAGUCACACUCCAGUCAGUCAUGCUUCUCACUCUCUGAAUAGAUGCCAGGAGCAGAGCCGCCCUGUAUCUACAGCAGAACGUGAUGCCAUCAGCACCUUGCUGGACCUUAGACAGUGUGGUCACAUUGACAGCACAAGGACAGAAACCAUGCAAUGCACACUGAAGAGCAAAUGUGUUCACCAGUCAAAGGAUCACCAGGAUAUUGGAACAAACGGUGUUAAGUUACCAGCCAACCCAGGAGACUCUAAUAUAAAGGAUUGUGAUGUCCCCAAACAAAAGAACCCCCAGUUUAACAGCUGGAGCAAGACUUCAAUGGAAUCUUCUCCAACCACAGAGCUUUAUAAAAUCAAACAUGUAGCCGAGUCUAAAUGGGAACUCAAAUAUGCUGAUUCCACUAAAGCAUCCACAAAAUCUGAAGGUAGACCAUCAAGCACUUCCUCAGAGACCAAGAUUAAAACUGAAAAGUUGCUGUGUAGCGGGAGAGAAUCUGUAGACUUUGUGGGCAUUGUGCCAGACGUAUCUCAGGAAAAUGAAGUCAGCAGUUGUGACUUUCCUACUUAGCACAGCCAAGUCAAACAAUUUGAAGAUAUUGUAAAAGAAAUUGGGCCACAGAUAGAUAAAUGUAAGUUAUCAAGCCCAAGUAGGACAGCAAUGGCAGAUAGAGGAAAAAGGUCUUCAGCCAAAGAUUUUACCCCAUGUUGACAAUAUUUUAAUUCAACUGUAGAAACUCAACAUGGUAAAGUUCAUUCUGCCCAGCUUGUCGAGUUAUCCCUCAUAGCUCCCAUGUGGGUAUUAGUGAGAGCCGGGGAAGAUGGAACAGCUAUAUUCAGAACUAAUCUGUGACACAGCUGAGACAUAAAGGUGAUUAAAAUUUGAGGUCUUUCAGAAAGAUACAGAAAGUGGCAGCUGGUGAAUGAUAAUUGCACUGAAAUGAAUUCUAUUGGUUUAAUGACUGAGAAUUCAAUAUUCAAGAAAGCAAAUGGAUCAGUAAGUAAAAAUUAGAAAUUAUUUAUGGUAUUGAGAGUUCUGUUUGAGUUUAUAUCCCUGAGGAAUGUGAAGCAGUGGGCUAUUGGUUUUGAAUUACCUUUUCUUGAGUUAGUUAGACUCCUUGAACGGGCUGCAUCAGAAAUAGUGAGGCAAAUGUUCAGCCUCUCAA